AACAUGAAAUCUCAUUCCCAUUUUUAUCUGGCUCAGGUCAACUGAGCCUCCGUAUUUUGUGUCUUUUUAAAAAAGUAGAUAUUUCUAAUCUCCAUCCGCAUUGCGGUUCGGGGAUUUCUUUUAUAAUUUUGUAGUACUCAACUAAGUCAAAUAUCUACACUUUACUAAAAAUGAAGCAAAUAUCUGCUAUCCUGGUUCUUGUAGCAGUCGCUGCAGUCUCUGCUUUCCCCACCGAAUCGAAAAAUCCUCAGCCUCAUCAAGGUCGAAAUGACCUGGAGAGCCAAGAGCCCGUUAAGAUUGUUCCAGUGGUUGUGUUGACGGAAAAUGAACCAGUUCAAGUGAUCCGACAACGACGACAAUAUGGUCGUCCUCCACCUGGACGUCGACCACCUCGUCCAUCCCACAGCUCUCAGUCUGGCCCACCACCCCAAGCUCAGAGCGCCCAAGGGGGUGACUACUAUGGAGGCGGUGGAGGAGGUUCCCCAGGAAGUUAUUUUGGUGGAGGAGGUGGUAGCCCAUCUUCAUCGGGUGGUGGCAGCGGAGGUGAAUAUUUUGGCGGAUCCCAAGGCGCUCCACAGGAAUCGAGCUAUCAAAUUACUGCCGGAGGACCUCCCGGUCAAUAUGAUCAGGGAGGAAGCAGCUUUGGUGCGGGUGGAGGAGGAGGUGGGUUUGGAGGACCAGAGUCAUACCCCGGAAGUAGUGGCAGCGGGAGCAGCGGAUACUAUCAGCAGUCAAGCCCUGGAGGUGGUGGGGGUCAGUAUGGCGGAGGCAGUGGGGGCAGCUCCUACGGGGGUGGACCAGGCGGAUUUUUCGCCGGGGGAGGAGGCAGUCAGUCCUCAUCCCCAUCUCACAGUGGAUCUCCUUACGCGCGUCAACGCUAAUAUUUUAGAACCAAGUUCCUAACUUUAUUACACCCAUCUAAUUUUAUACUCCACUGUUGACUGUCAUUGAUGACUGAUGUGCUCCACACAAAUUUGUUUCCGUUGCUUUCAUUCAACAAGUAAAAUCGGAGCUGUUUCGUAAUUCUUGAUUCUCAAAAUAAUAAAUCCAUUUACGUGUUUUGUUAGUUUGUUAUUCUAUCUAUA